GCCGCGGGGACGGGGCAGCGGUGCGCACGCUGCGGCCACGCGCACGCCAGUUUCACGUUCUUCUGCGAGUCGUGCGGGGGCGUCAUGCAGGGCGAGCACGGCGCCGUGACGCACUUCGAGCUCCUGGGGGUGCCGGCCAGGUUCGACCUGGACCUGGCCGCCGCGGAUUCUGCCUUCAAGGAGCUGCAGAAGAGGCUGCAUCCCGACCGCCACGCGCAGUUCCUACUGCUGUGCUCCUUGUGGCAGUGGCGCGACGACUGUGCAGACUUUUGGGAGUUCCGCGCAGGCAGAGGCCACCGCUGCGGAGCGCGAGCUGGUCGAGGUCCACUCGGCCAGGCUGAACGAGGCAAUGGGCGU